ACAGAGAUUGACACCUAUAGCGCUGUUGUCUUCAUCUCUGCCUCUGACUGGUGUUGGGUAUCCAGUGAGGCACUACAGUGGAGCUCAGAGAACCCAAACUUUCUCUUUACUGUCCACCAAAGAAAUGAGUCACUGGUAGUCAAGAUGCAGGUGGAUUUUUUUCUUCAAAAGCUUCUUUAUCUUCCCUUUUUUGAAGAUAAGUGGACGUGCUAAAAAAGUGAAUCUAAAACCACAAUUUUGUGCUCACUUUAAGAGCAGGUUUUGAAACCUUGGCAAGAAGGUCAUGACUAGCAGCAUUUUUAGCCUCUGGCUAUUCUUUCAGAAAAGGAACAGAUAGGAGGUUGGCCACAUUUGAAAUGUGUACUCAAAGAUAACCUGCUUUCUUUUGUAUCACAGGGAUUUAAUGUGCAAAAUGAUUACACCACAUUGGCAUACGUUGUUGCCUCGCACACGAAAAUACACAUGUGUAAGACCACACUCUCUAUCAUGUAGCGUGGAUUCAAAGAAUGAAAAAGGAGAUGAGCUGAAAAGAGCCUUUCAGCUGCUUGAUACCAGUCACAGCCUGAUGGUGUCAAAGAGUGAACCGAGAAGAAUUGUCACAACCUUCUUGCUGCCUCUCACGAGAGAAGAGUUUCAAGAUGUACUGGCUCAGAUCCCUGUCACCAGCUCUGGUGCCCUUCUGUACCUUGAAUUCCUGUCCAGGUUUGGCGGAGUUGACUUAAAUAUAAAUGUCAUAAAGAGGUAAGUGGAAAAUGAAACAAAUUGCUGUCGGACAGUAAAAGAACUUGAAGUCCAAGUAGGAGAAAAGAUUUUCAAAAACAUUAUAACUGUUAUCAAAGCCUUUUAACUCAUUGAUGUUAACAAGACUGGUCUGGUCCAACCAUGUGUAAGGAGGGUCCUGGAAACCUGUUUGAAGAUGAAGGAUGAUGAAUACAAAAAGUUUGCAAAACACUGUAACAUUGAUAAAGAUACUGCAGUGGAUUAUAAUGUUUUUUUGAAGAACCUCAGUAUAAAUAAUGACUUGAAUCUUAGAUAUUAUAUGGAAAAUCAAGAGGUCUCCUGGGAGAAUCAACAAGCCAAAAAUGCCAAAAAGGAAGUGCUUCCCAAUUCUGUUUCAUCUGAAGAAGUCUGGAAAAACUGUUCCUUAGAUGAAAUUGAGAAGGCCUUUUGCCAUGAGCUUUUGAAGUCCUAUGAAAAGGUCGGGAAAGCCCUGAGUGCAGGAGACCCCUCCGAAAGUGGGUACAUUUCUUUGAAUUACCUGAAGUUUGUCCUCGACACCUUUGUAUACCGAUUACCAAGACGAAUUUUUAUCCGGCUAAUGGAAAGACUUGGACUUAAAACCACCACUAAAGUCAAAUGGAAGCAAUUUCUAACAUCAUUAUAUGAGCCUCAGUGGCUGGAAGUUAACAAUAAAAUUCCCCUGACAAAAAGAAAUAGCAUCACCUCUAGAAACCAAUCUCACAAAGAAGACAUUAUCACAAAGUUAUUUAGAUAUGAAGACCACUAUACAUCUUUGAAGAAAGAACUACUGGUCAACACUAAACCUGAUGGACAGAUAAGAGGGAAAGAAUUGCGACAUAUUCUAAAUGGCAUGGUUGUAAAAAUCAGUGAUUCGGAAUUCAAAGAACUAAUGCAAACACUUGACCCUGGGGGCACAGGAUUGGUCAAUGUCAACACGUUGAUCGAGCUGCUUGAAGAGAACCCUAGGAUAAGAAAAACAUCCUCCUCUACAGACACCAAGGUGCCGCUCCUCCGGGCUUGGGAUUCAAUGGAAGAAAUUGUUCAUGACUCGAUUACUGGGAAUCUAAAAUCCUUCUAUGAUGUGCUACGGUCAUAUGACCUCAGAGACACAGGGCUCAUUGGUCUAAAUAAUUUCAAGAAAAUCAUGCACAUAUUCUGCCCAUUUUUAACGACUGAACAUUUACUAAAACUCUGCAGUAAGUUUCAGGAUAUUGCUUCAGGAAGAAUCCUUUACAGGAAACUUUUGGCAGGCAUAGGAAUGAAUGGCCUGCCCACUGUCUCUCCAGUUCUUAUUCCAAAGGACCAGCUGUUACGUGAACAUUUUCAAAAGGAACGGCAGCAGCUGGUACUCUUAAUGCCUACUUGUGAUUUCAGAACCAAGCCCAUUGAGCAUAAAAGCACUUUAACGAAGAAUAUGACAAAGGAUGAAGUUAUUGAAAAACUCAAAAACUGUAUACAACAGCAGGACCCAGCAUUCAGAAAACGAUUUCUUGACUUCAGCAAGGAACUUAAUGGCAGAAUUAAUGGGCGUGACUUCAAGAAGGUCCUGGAAGAUAAUGGAAUGCCCAUGGGUGGCCAUCAGUACGCUCUGCUGACUGCAAAAAUAGUAUAUAAGAAAGAAGGGAUGAGCUAUCUUGACUUUGCAACAAGAUUUGAAGAUACAAAAAUGAAUAGGCCAGCAAUGACUCCUCAGACUCCAAUUCUUUCAAAAAGCAACUUGGACAGCUUCUUUACAGCUGCUGAGGAGUGCCUGCGACAUUUCCCCCGCCGACUGAAGGAAUCCUUCCCGGACCCCUCCUCUGCCUUCUUCAAGACAGACACCGACAGGCAUGGCGUCAUCAACAUGCAUGACCUUCACAGACCGCUACUGCGCCUACUGCUCAAUCUCAAAGACGAGGGCUUUGAGCGUCUCCUGGGCCCCCUUGGCUUGAGACUCAGCGUCCCUUUGAAUUUCCAGGAGUUUCGGAACCUGUGUGAGCAGAGACCCUUCAGCUCAGAUGACGCUCCUCAAAGACUCCUCAGACCAAAACAGAAGGUUGCAGAUUCAGAACUAGCUUGUGAACAGGCUCAUCAGUAUCUUGUUACCAAAGCAAAAACCAGAUGGUCAGACUUGUCUAAGAAUUUUAUAGAAACUGAUAACGAGGGCAACGGCAUCCUUCGAUGGCGGGACAUAAAGAAUGCGCUGUAUGCUUUCGAUAUUCCCCUCACUCCGAGAGAAUUUGAAAAGCUCUGGAUGCGCUUUGACACUGAGGGCAGAGGCCACAUAACUUACCAAGAAUUUGUACAGAAAUUGGGGAUUAACUAUUCAGCAGAUAUUCAUCGGCCCUUUGCAGAGGAUUAUUUCAACUUCAUGGGCCCCUUCACUAAGCCACAACAGGUACAAGCAGAGAUCAGAGAGCUGCAGCAGAGCACAGAGAAUGCUGGGCCAGCCAGGGACAAGCUCAGGGACCAUUAUCAUGACAUCAGCAAAGCACUCGCCCAACUAGAUACAUCUAAAAAUGGCUCCAUAUCCCUGUGCAAGAUGCAGCAAGCGCUGCAGGCCUGUGGCUGUUCUCUCAAGGAAAAGGAGCUGACCCAUCUUCUCAACAGUCGGGGAAUCAGCUGGCGUGAUGACUGUGUUGAUUACCUUGACUUCUUGAGAGGGGUGGAGAACAGCAAACCAGCAAGACCUUAGCCAGAAGAGAAAGAAGAGAGUAUGCCAGUCAGUUUUGCCACCCUAAAUCUAGAGGAGAUUGUGAAAAACAUCCAGGAAGUGGUUGCCUCCUCUGAUCCGGCUUUGUCAACGGCAUUUUCUGAAUUGGAUAAAGAGGACACUGGAUUUGGAAAGGCUUCAGAUUUUAGACAAGUUCUCAAGGACUUCUGUUACAAACUAACGGAUAAUCAGUAUCAUUACUUUUUGAGAAAACUGAAAAUCCAUCUAACCCCUGUUGUAAAUUGGAAGUAUUUUCUCCAGAACUUCAACUGUUUCCUUGAAGAGACUACUUCCGAGUGGGCUGAGAAAAUGCCCAAAGGCCCGCCACCCAUGUCUCCCAAGGAAAUGGCAAACCAAGAGGUCCUGCUGCGGGUCCACAAAGCAGUGACUUCCCACUACCAUGCCAUCGCCCAGGAGUUUGAGAGGUUCGACACCAUGAAAACCAACACCGCAUCCAGGGAUGAGUUCAGGGCCAUCUGCACUCACCACAUCCAAAUUCUCACUGACGAGCAGUUUGACAAACUGUGGAGCGAGAUGCCUGUCAACGCCAAGGGGAGACUGAAAUACCCGGACUUCCUGAGCAGGUUCAGCGUGGAGAAGGCGACAACCCCGCCGGCCCCUGGCAACUCGGCGGCUGCCCGGAGCGGGAGCGGCGCGCCCGAAACCCCAGGGGAAGGCGGGUCCGCAGCGCCGCCGCCCGCGCACAGCCCGGGAGCAGGACCCACGCCGCGGAGGCAGCCCUGUACCCCCGCCAGUCCAAUCAGGGCACCAGGUGCCCCCCCCUUGCAGAACUGUGAGCCGAUCGAGAACAAGCUCCGGAGGAGAGUUCGGGGCUGUUGGCGAGAGUUCCUGAGGGAAUGCAAAGAGAAGGAUGUGAACAAGCAGGGGGAGAUCGCCACGUCCGAGUUCCUGGCUCUUGCAGAGAAAUUCAACCUGGAUAUAAACAAAGAGGAAUGUCAGCAGCUCAUCGUGAAGUACGACCUGAAGAACAAUGGGAAAUUUGCUUAUUGUGACUUCAUUCAGAGCUGUGUUCUCCUGUUAAAAGCAAAGGAAACCUCACUAAUGCAGAGAAUGAAAAUCCAGAAUGCCCAGAAAAUGAAAGAAGCUGGUGCUGAGACUUCUUCCCUUUACUCUGCUUUACUGCGUAUUCAGCCCAAAAUUUUGCACUGCUGGAGGCCGAUGAGGCGCACGUUCAAAACGUACGAUGCGGGCGGAACAGGGCUUUUAAGCGUGGCUGAUUUCAGGAAGGUGCUGAGACAGUUCAGUAUCAACCUCUCCGAGGAGGAGUUCUUCCACAUCCUGGAGUAUUACGACAAGACGCUGUCUUCCCAAAUCCCCUACAACGACUUCCUCCGGGCCUUCCUGCAGUAGCUGCCCGCCACAGUGCUCCGGUGGGGGGGGGGGGGCCUGUCCCCGAGGCCACCAAAGUCAUACGACUGGGGGAAGGGGGGUCAUGAACUCCCCAAAGUUCAAACCCACACCCACGCCGGACACGCGUCUUUCCUGGCAGUCAGCCCAGGCUUGGCACAGCCCGCGGCCCCAGCUUCGAUGGCAUCUCUCCAGGCAGCUUCAGGGAUGCCCUGCUGAGCUGCAGGACCCUUCACUCUUAGUCUGAGCAAAUAAAAAUGUUAGUC